UUAAGACCCCCCUACGAUCCUUACGAUGAGGAUCCGCUUGCCAAUCAGCUGAUUGACAUUGACGUCGAUCCUGGUGCGCAGCGCAAUCAAACGAUGCCGGCAACAACAACGCUCUCAGCGCUCGAUGAACUCGAUAACAGCUUGCAGGUGCUUGACCUCAUGACCUCGUCGGCAACGGUGACCUCGCUGAGCAAAGUGUCCAACAAGCUUUGCAAUUACAGCAACAAGCGUAAGCUGGAACAGACCGAGGCCGCGCUGGCCAACAAGAUGCGCAUUAUACAACACUAAUUUGGAAAAUUCAGCCUCUGUAUACAAAAUACACAAACAGUGACGCCAUAAGCUACUGCAUUGCAACAUUUGUAAGCAAGCGCCGAGCAUGAGCAACUGCAGCGGAGUGGAGUGGAAUUAAUCUGAGCCACAUGCAAGGGCAAAACCUACAACGCUGAGCUAGCUAGAGAUACAAAUACAUACAUAUAUAGAGCAAGAGCUAAAGUUUUUAAAGCUUAGUACUACUACUACUACGAGCAGAUUAAACAAAGCAGCAGCAGCAGCAAGUGGGCAGUGCCUGAGGCAGGCCAAGCCGCCCGCUCCGCAAGCCAACACACACACACACAUAUAUACACACACACAUUAACACACACACACAGAGAAAGAGUGAGUGAGAGCGAGAGAGAGAAAGAGAGGGAAUAUUUUUGAAUGGAUCCCUGUGUUGGCUGGUUUCAGGAGGAACAGGAGGGACCAGCGUUGCGCACAUGGUUAAAAAUUUGGGAAACGAAUGUACUGGAAAUGGGCGCAUUUCUUGAGCAACAAUUGCAGCAAAAUAAUAGCAACAGUAGCAGUGGGAGCAGCAGCAACAGUACCGUCAGUGGCCAACAGCAGUUUAACGAAGUGGGAAGCAACAACAGCCAACAAUCCGACGCACGUCCAGGUGGAAAGAGUUCCAGCAAUACGUCUAUUGAUUCCACAUCGAACAACGACAAUAAUUCGCAAGCCAGCAGCAGUAGCAGUAGCAGUAGCUCGAGCAGCAGUAGCAGCAGCAGCAGCAGCAGUAGCAGCAGCAAUAGCAACACCAAUACCAAUAACAACAGCAGCAGUAAUAACAUUGCUACAACGACGGCUCCAACAGCAGCAACAGCCACAACGGCAGCGGCAACAACAACUGUUGCAGCUGCCACAAGCAGCAGCUGCAGCACGAGCAGCAGCAAUACAACAACAACAACCACCACACCAGCAGCAGCAACAACAACAACCGUUGCUGUUGUAACUAACUUUGUAUCAAAUCCCGCGUCCAAGUUGCCGCUUCACGAGCGCUCCAACACCUAUUACAAUCCAUCACGCAGGAAACGCGUCGUGGACAACAAAGCCAACACCUUGAAUCUGAACAAGCACGCCGAGAUGAUAGCCAAGUACAAAGGCUGUCCCUGGCGUGUGCGUGACUAUCCCUAUGGCGAGGGCAUUCUCGGUCUGCACGAGGAGAUCGAGCACUUCUAUCAGUACGUGCUGCCCACACCCUCCGAGCAUGCCGUACGCAAUGAGGUGGUCAAGCGCAUUGAGGGCGUUGUCCAAUCCAUUUGGCCACAGGCCGUUGUCGAGAUAUUUGGCUCAUUUCGCACGGGAUUGUUUUUGCCCACCUCCGAUAUUGAUCUCGUCGUUUUAGGGCUGUGGGAUAAGUUGCCGCUGCGCACACUCGAAUUCGAGCUCGUGUCGCGCGGCAUUGCCGAGGCGAACACGGUGCGUGUGCUGGACAAGGCAUCGGUGCCGAUUAUCAAGCUAACCGAUCGUGAGACACAAGUGAAGGUGGACAUAUCUUUCAAUAUGCAAUCGGGCGUGCAGUCGGCAGAGCUUAUAAAGAAAUACAAACGCGACUAUCCCGUGUUGGGGAAACUCGUGUUGGUGUUGAAACAGUUUCUGCUGCUGCGCGAUCUCAAUGAGGUGUUCACUGGCGGCAUUUCAUCCUACUCCUUGAUACUCAUGUGCAUAAGCUUCUUGCAACUGCAUCCGCGUGGGUCUUUCCAUGACAAGACCAACUUGGGUGUGCUGCUUCUGGAGUUCUUUGAGCUGUACGGACGACGCUUUAACUACAUACGCAUUGGCAUAUCCAUUAAGAAUGGCGGACGCUACAUACCCAAGGAUGAUUUGCAACGUGAUAUGGUUGAUGGUCAUAGACCCUCACUACUCUGCAUUGAGGAUCCAUUGACGCCGGGCAAUGACAUCGGUCGCAGCAGCUACGGCGCCUUGCAUGUUAAGCAGGCCUUCCAAUGCGCCUAUCGCGUCCUCACCCAGGCCGUCAGUCCCCUGAAUCUUUGGGGCAGCGAUGCGCGUGUUACCUCCUUACUGGGUCGCAUUAUACAUAUAACGGAUGAUGUAAUUGAUUAUCGUGAGUGGAUACGCGAGAACUUUGAGCAUUUGGUUGCCGUCGAUCCGACGCUGUUAGCGUUGCCGCCCUAUACAAAUGGCGCUGCUGCCACCAAAUAUGUCAUCAUGCCCUCGGGCGCAGUGAUGCAUCAGAUUUAUCAUUCACAUGCGGUGCUGCAGCCACAGGCACUAGCGCAACCUUAUCAUGUGGCAGCGGUAGCAGCUGCCGCCGCAGCGGCGCAGCAGCAGCAACAACAGCAGCAGCAGCAGCAGCAACAACAUCAGUUGGCAUCGCAGGCGCGUCAUAGACGUGGCAGCACUUCGUCUGGCGAUGACUCGGAGGAUAGCAAAGACUGCGAUGUGGGCGAUCGUGAGGGCAGCAGUAAUAGUCAGUCCGGGGAGAUAAUUGAUAUUACUAACUCACCGCCCAACGGAUUGGAUGUGGCCACAACAGUGACGGGGAUGCAGCCAGUGGUGCUGCCAUUGCCACUGCCACUGCCUACGCCCAGUAGCAACAACAGCUCCAGCUCCAGCAGCAGCUCCACAGCGGGCUCGUCGGUAAUGCACACACCCACACGCAUUGAUACAUGAUGAAUCGCUGCCGGCCUAAUGCAGCAGCAACCGCAGCAGCAGCAUCACCAGCAGCAGCGGUCGCCGCAGCAACAGGCCGCCGGCUGCGUCAUGCUGGCCGCAAUUGCAACCGCCAUUAGCAACUGCCACAGCAGCAGCAACAACAACAGCAGCAGCAGCAGCAGCAACAGCAGCAAUAAUCCAAACUCCAAACUGAAUCUGAAUCCGAAUCAGACACAAAAUCAUAUUUCUAAUCCUAAUAUAAUUGCAAUGCCUCUGGUGCUGCCGUCCCAUGGCGUUGCCGGCGGCAUAGCAACUGCGGCCAGCAUGCUGACUAUGGCCCAACAACAUCUAUGUAUAACCUCUCCACCACUACAACUACAGCCCGAUGCGGAGCAGCAGCAGCAGCACCUCAGUGAUGUAACAACAACAACAGAAGCGCUGGAGCUAACAACAGCAGCAAUUGCAGUAGCAACCACCACAAUAACCUACAGCAGCAACAGCAGCACGCCCACUAUACUGCGCACCUACGGACAGCAGCAGCAGCAGCAGCAGCAAGUGCAGCAGCGCACUCACACCACAACAUAUUACCGCCAGCAAUUUUAUGUGCCACCGCCCAUGCAGCAGCAAACGCUGCAGCAACUCAGCAAAGCCAUUGUCACCAGCACGCAACAGCAAGCAACUUAUGCAGGACACUACCACCAACACCAACAGCAGCAGCAGCAGCAUCAACCACAACGACCGCAGCAUCUGCGUCUGGCCAGCAGCAAUACGAGUGGCUAUCAUCAUCAUCAUCACCACCACCAUCAUCAUCAGCACCAGCACAGACGCCAGCACUAUCAGUCGAAAGUCGUUAGCUCCCCCCUAGUGUCCUCCAGCUGCACAGCUGCCCCACCAGCAACAGCACCAGCAGCAACAGCCCCACCAGCAGCAGCAACAGCAGCACCAACAGUUGCAGCAGCAACAGUCGCCGCAACACCAGCGAAUAGUAGCAGUAGUCGCACGCUAGCCAGCUCACCCAGCUCUGGCUCCAUCAUUUCCAUAUCGUCCGAGUCCUCAGUAGGCAGUUUAGGCUCAUCAUCGCCGCGUUCCUCGCGCUGUCGCUCAGGUGGUGGUGCUGACUCCGCGGAUUCGGCAGCGGGUAAGUUGCAAGUAGCUGAGGAUCGCUAAGCGUCUUGUUAACGUCCCCCCCCACUCCCC